CAAUUAAGACCUGAAAGCGUUAACUGUUUCGGUGGAUUAAAAGUAUAUGCUGGGAUGCUGUAGAUGUUGCUUUACAUGCUAGGGGAGAUGUCCAGUCAGACAUAAGAGAUCUAAAAUGUGUGUUUUUGGAUCUACUUUGGAUGAGUUAAUUGUUUUUAAAGUGUGACGUUGCGUUCGGAAAUUUUGUUCCAGGUGUUUCAUUUCAAUUGUCUUGAUAUCACACCAAUGAAAAGAAACAGUGGAAGUCCAGACAAGACUAACAACUUUUUCUGUCAGCCACCACAGCCGAAGAGGACUUACAGUGCUGAUGAUCUCCAUCACAUUAGCACCAACGCUGGUGAGCACCAAGGCCUCAGAAACGACAUGUUCUUCAAAGACAAGUUUGAUGAAGAGGAAGAGGAUUCAGGAAUUAAAUCAGAGGCUGACGAAAGUAAUGGAAGCUUCUCCUCCGAAGACGACUUGGACCACUUUGAAUAUUCCAAGACCUUCUCUCUGAAGCAAACUGCGACAAAAAAGAGUAUCAGUGAAAUCAUCAAGGACAAGAAGAAACAAACUCAACUGACACUUCAAUGGCUUGAGGAAAAUUAUAUUGUUUGCGAAGGAGUCUGCUUGCCUCGCUGCAUCCUCUAUGCGCAUUACCUGGACUUCUGUCGCAAAGAGAAAUUAGAUCCUGCUUGCGCUGCCACUUUUGGCAAGACUAUAAGGCAAAAAUUCCCUCUCCUGACCACUCGAAGGCUUGGCACUAGAGGCCAUUCAAAGUAUCAUUACUACGGUAUUGGGAUUAAAGAGAGCAGUGCGUAUUAUCAUUCAGUGUACUCAGGAAAAGGUCUGACCAGAUUCUCUGGGAGCAAGCUCAAAAACGAGGGAGGAUUCACAAGAAAAUAUUCUCUCAGCUCUAAAACAGGAACGCUGCUCCCAGAAUUCCCAAGUGCACAACAUUUAUUGCUUCACGAAUCCAUUUCGAAAGAAAAGGUCGACACACUGAUCAUGAUGUACAAAACGCACUGCCAGUGUAUCCUCGACAAUGCCAUCAGUGUCAACUUUGAAGAGAUCCAGAACUUCUUGUUGCAUUUCUGGCAAGGCAUGCCGGACCAUCUCUUACCUCUGCUGGAGAAUCCAGUAAUUGUGGACAUCUUUUGUGUGUGUGACUCCAUACUAUACAAGGUCCUGACUGAUGUUCUCAUUCCUGCAACUAUGCAGGACAUGCCGGAAAGUCUUUUGGCAGAUAUCCGAAAUUUUGCGAAACUCUGGGAACCCUGGAUGGUUUCAUCGUUGGAAAAUCUGCCAAAAAUCCUGUCAGAAAAGAAGCUGCCAAUAGCUCGUCGCUUCGUCUCAUCCUUGAAGCGCCAAACCUCCUUCUUACACCUCGCUCAGAUAGCAAGACCGGCUCUUUUUGACCAAAGCAUUGUGAUGGCUAUGGUGAACGACAUCGACAAAGUGGAUUUAAACAGCAUUGGCUCCCAGGCGCUCCUCUCAAACACAAGCGACCAGGACCUGGAUUUCUACUCUGAAUAUGACUCUGUGGCAGUGUUCCAAGAGUUAAAGGAGCUCCUGAGGAAAAACGCCACAGUCGAGUCUUUUAUCGAGUGGCUCGACUCUGUGGUGGAACAGAAAGUCAUUAAGCCCAGUAAACAGAACGGCCGCUCAGUGAAGAAACGAGCGCAGGACUUUUUACUGAAAUGGAGUUUUUUCGGAGCACGUGUGAUGCACAGCCUCACCUUAAACAAUGCCACAAGCUUCGGCUCCUUUCACCUCAUUCGGAUGCUGUUGGAUGAAUACAUCCUGCUGGCGAUAGAGACACAAUUCAAUAACGAUAAAGAGCAAGAUCUACAAAAUCUCCUGGAUAAAUAUAUGCGAAACGCAGAUGCCAGUAAGGCAACGUUUACAGCUUCCCCGAGUUCCUGCUUCCUGGCAAAUCGUAAUAAUAAAGCCGGGAAUGUGAGCAGCGAUUCAUCCGUGAAGAACGAGAGCCAGCCGGAUUAUACACAUCUGUCUGUCCCAGGAACUCAGCAUGGACUCGGGACAACUAUGGGAAUGUACCAGGGGACAGACACAGACAGCUUUACACUAUCUGGCCACUUAGACUACUCCCAGAGCACUGGUCAGUUGAUGACCCCGCCCAUCUCUCCGGCCAUGGCGAACCGAGGCAGCGUGAUCAACCAAGGCCCGAUGGCGGUGAGAUCACCAAGCACCUGCCCUGUCCAGCCUAAUGCACACUGCCAGGCUUUCCCUGAUGCCAUGUACCAAAGCCUGCCUACCUCCACCUUCUACACCAGCUCCUCCACCUACCAGCCUACAAACCUGACCCAGACCCAGACCCACAUGCCCCCUUCAGGUUACCAGGCUCGCACCGAGUGUUCACGCUAUUCCUCCUUCAGCGGUCAGCAGCUGGCUAAAGACUGCUUUAACAGCAGCUGCAGUGGUGUUGUGUACAGCUCCAGAGCCUCAACAGUAAGCUACCCGUCCACCUCUGAGUCCAACAUGGAGGUUCAGCUGAUGGACUACGGAUUUGCAGGGAGUGGAGGAGGAUGUUCAGGUCCAGUGUACACCAGCGCACCACACAGCGGAUACUAUGGGAACAGUGGCUAUGUGGACACACAGAGAAUGGGCUCUCUAAUCGAUCAGCAUGUAUCAGUGAUCAGCAGUGUGACCUCCACUCGUUCUGUCCCUGCAUAUGCUGAGGUCCACGACCCUCUGAACAUCCUGAACGACACAAACAGGAAGCCAACAACACCGUAUUACACUGCACAACCUCCUCUAAUGACACGCUCAGCAGGUUCCUCAAUCUCCACUCCGAUACCUUGCUCUGUUUCUCCGUGCAUGUAUGGCACUGCUGCUCAGUAUCAUCAUUCCCAAGAUGCCUUGCUGCCCCACCAUAGCGGUGCCGAAGUGCGGGACAUGGCGUCCUCCCUGCCUCCCAUCAAUACCGUGUUCAUGGCUUCAACCGGAGGACCACCAUGAUGUAGCUGUAUAACCUUCUUAUUACUGACUAUAAGAAAAAAUGAACCCCUGUGCCAGAGACUCAGUGUUAACAGAUGGACUAGCAAAGACGUUUUGUAGAGUAAAAAUAGUGUAUAAAUAGACUUUAUUUAAGUGUAACUGUAACUCAAAUGUAAAUGUAAUGCCACUUUGCUAUCUGUAUCAGUGCAACAAACAUCCUUAACUCUACCUAGAGCCUUUAAGUCUUUUGAUUUCGACCUAAAGUGGGUGUGGCCUAAACCAAUAGGGUGUAUUUUAAUGUCCCUAUAACCACUUAAAAGCUGGAAAAAGACCUUAAAAAUGGUAGCUUCAUUAACAUCGUGUAUGAUGUGUAUGUGUAGAUAAUGGACAAUAAAAAUGUAUGGCAAAUGUGAGCUAACAUUCUAGCAGUUAAUUAGUCAACUAGCUAUUAGCAUGCACUGGAGAACUGGAAAAAAAAUUAAAAGGUCAGCAUAUUUUUGUGAGAAAUUUUUGACCAGGUAAAUAUUAAAGAUGAAUGAGAAGUUCUGGAACUUA